AGGAACAUAGGAAGGGGAUGAACUAGUGAACUGAAAUUGAAAGUCGAUUUCCAACAACGAAGCAAGACGCCAUUACAGGGUGUGAACUUUUAAAAAGGUAAAGAGGAAACUCAAUUGUUCUGGUCAGAAUUACAAGAUAAGUAUACUCUGCAGUAGGCUAUAUUUCAAUAUUAGAAGCAGCAUUUUUCAGAAACCAUGGCUGAGAAAUUUGAGAGUUACUUGAACUGUCUCGUCUGCUCAGAGAUUUUCAGAGAUCCUGUGUCUCUGGGCUGCCACCACAGCUUCUGCUCCAGCUGUCUGACUAAGUUCUGGGAUCAGGCUAAAAACAAGAACUGUCCAGUCUGUAAGAGAAAGUUUUCUAAAGAGUUUCCAGAUAUUAACUUUUCAUUGAAGGAUUUAGCUGACUCAUUUGCUGGGAGACAGAAAGCAGGAUCAUCUGAAGAGAGGAAAGGAGAGGAGGAGGUGGUGUGUAGCAAACCCUCAGAGGAGUCUAAGACAGUGUCUGGUGUCGUCAGAGAGUCUGUGCUCUGCAGUCUGCACAGUGAGAAGAUGAAGCUGUUCUGUCGGGAGGAUAAAGAACCCGUCUGCUUGGUGUGUCAGACCUCCAGGAAACACAGAUCUCACACCUGUGUCCCAGUAGAUGAAGCUGCCCAGGAUCACAGGGAAGAAAUCCAGACUGCCCUGAAGCCCUUAGAAAAGAAGCUAGAGGACUGUAAUGAAGUUAAACUAACGUGUGAAAAGAUUGCAGAACACAUUGAGACCCAGACACUAAACACAGAGAAGCAGAUAAAGGAGAAGUUCAACAAGCUUCACCAGUUUCUACAUGAAGAAGAACAGGCCAGGACUGCAGCUCUGAGGAGAGAGGGCAAAGAGAAGAGUGAGACAAUGAAAGAAAAGAUUGAGGGAAUAAAUAGAGAGAUGGCCUCACUUUCAGACACAAUUAAAGCCAUAAAGCAGGAGCUAAAUGCAGAUGAUGUGUCAUUCCUGCAGCACUUCAGAAUCACAGAGAAGAAAGCCCAGGUCACACUGCCGGAUCCACAGCUGGUCUCAGGAGCGCUGAUAGACGUGGCCAAACACCUCGGCAACCUGACCUUCAGAGUGUGGGAGAAGAUGAGGGGGGUGGUCAGCUUCACUCCUGUCAUUCUGGACCCCAACACUGCACCUUCCUGUCUCUCUCUAUCUGAGGAUCUGACCACUGUUAGACAGUCAGGCUCAAAGCAGCAGCUCCCUGACAACCCAGAGAGGAACACCAAGUACACCACUGUUCUUGGUUCUGAGGGGUUCAGCUCAGGGAAGCACAGCUGGGAGGUGGAGGUGGGGGACCAUCCUGUCUGGAAUAUAGGUGUGGCCAGAGAGUCAGCAGACAGGAAGGGGGAGCGUUAUGUAUCCCCAGAGGAUGGAGUCUGGUGUAUAGAGCAGAGGAGGGGUGAGUACACUGAUGUCCUGGGUAAGACUCUCCCUCUGAAGAGGAGACUCCAGAGGAUCAGAGUUCAGCUGGACUGGGACAGGGGGGAGGUGUCCUUCUACGACCCUGAAGACAUGACUCACAUCCACACUUAUAAAGACUCCUUCACUGAGAAACUCUACCCAUGCUUUGAUAUUGGAAAAACUGGUGAUGCCAAACACCCUGACCUAAAGAUCUGCCAAUCAGAGGUGUCUGUGUCUGUGAUGUCAUCCAAGUGAGGUGUGAGGUAGUUGUAGUCCCACUCCUCUGAACUGCAGUGGUCAGGUUUCAUGUUGCUGUUCCCUGAGGAAAUGAACCUGGUUGAUGAUGAUGAUGAUGAUGAUGAUGAUGAUGAUGGUAGAACAUGCAGGAGGAAGAUACCCCCUCUCUGCUCUGUUGGUCACUCAUGAAGGAUGUUAAAGUGCAGUUUGAGAAUCUGAUGGUUGAUGACCUGGUGGGUGAUCUGCAUUUGACUCACAGGUCGCUGGUUCACAUGUCACCCUGUACGUUGCUUUAAAUAAAAACAUCUGUUAAAUGAA